UUUGAUUUAAUCAUCGCACCUUCCUUCCUGAGGGAGAUUUAACUAAUUCUCUACUACAGGCAAAAGAAUGGUUAAUAAGUUUAAUCAUCACCAUCUUCCUAGAAAUUGGAGAAUUGACUCUGGCGCUAUGAAGCUGUCAGAAGCAUUUGAGUUGGAUUGAGAACCGAGGAGAAAAAAACAGGUAUGUCGAGCACUCCUAGUCCUAGCUCAAAUGGAGACUCAUCACCAGCCGUGGCUAUAGUAACAUCAAUCGUUGGUGCCAUAGUAGUGAUCGCAGUAACUUACUUCAUCGUGAGAUGCAUGCUGAUCAGGAUGAGAUUGAGAUACGAGGAUGGACGGCGAGCAUCGGGAGAUCCAGAGCAACCUACUGCGACAGUCCCUGCCACCACUCUGGACUCCAGAAUCGGAACCGAACCAGUAGAAAAGUUUCUCAAAGACAUCUUGAAGGAGAAACCCAUGAGGUUUACCCCGCAGGACCUCGAAAAUUUCACCCAGAACUACGGCCAAGUAUUGGGCUCCGGCGGCUUCGGAGUCGUCUAUAAAGGUCAGUUCCUCAACGGCCUACCCAUGGCAGUCAAGCUCCUCAACUCCGCCAUGAGCAAGCGGGCGGAGGAGCAGUUCGUGGCGGAAAUCGGUACCAUUGGCAGAACUUACCACAUCAACUUGGUCAAACUUUACGGCUUCUGCUUCGACACGUCAGUGAAAGCGCUGGUGUACGAGUACAUGGAAAACGGAUCGCUGGACAAGUUUUUGUUCAACGACGACCAAAGGAUCGAGUGGGGGAAGCUGCACGAGAUCGCGGUGGGCACGGCGAAGGGAAUCCGAUACCUGCACGAGGAAUGCCAACACAAGAUCGUGCACUACGACAUAAAACCGGCCAACGUCCUGCUCACCGCAAACUUCACGCCCAAGGUGGCGGACUUCGGCCUGGCCAAGUUCUGCGACCGGGAGGGGAUCAGCUCGGUGACGACGCUGACCGGAGCUCGGGGGACGCCAGGGUACGCAGCGCCUGAACUAUGGAUGCCGAUUCCCGUGACGCAUAAAUGCGACGUCUACAGCUUCGGGAUGCUGCUGUUUGAGAUCCUGGGGAGGAGGAGGAACCUGUCGGUUCUGGGAACGGAGCAGAGCCAGGAAUUGGAAUGGUUCCCGCUGUUGGUGUGGACAAAGUUUGAGGAGGGGAAUAUGGAGAGUAUCAUAUCGUCUUGUGGGAUUGGGGAGAAGGAUAGGGAGAAAGCAGAGAGGAUGUGUCAGGUGGCCUUGUGGUGCGUUCAGUAUAAGCCGGAGGAGAGGCCGGCGAUGAACAGUGUGGUGAGGAUGCUUGAAGGGGAGCAAGAAAUUGUGCCGCCUACACACCCUUUUCACUAUAUGACUUCCGUCUCUGCGAGUUCUGUUUCAGGGAUCACGAGCGGCACGGCAGUUACCGAUAGCACAGGGAUUGAUGAUAGCAAUUCGUCUUCAGUUCUAGAAAGGCCAUUAAUUUAGAGUAUAUUUUUUUUUUGAGUUUCUUGUUUGGUAAUCUUUGAGCGACAGAUCACAGAUGUAUAUUGAAAUUUGAGCAGGUGAUGAUUCUGCUUGUAUAACAGAGGUGCAUAUUUCAUUGCAAUGGGAACAUUAAUGGUUGCAAUCCUGAGCUUGCGGA